AUGGAUGAUUCUAAAGAAUUUUUUACUUACACAAACAUUCACGCAAUCUCAAUUGAUUAUAAUGAAACCACUUCAAAGACUCAAACAAUCAAUCUAUUUGUGCUUAAAUAUACAAUAAUGAAUAACCAUGAAUUGGCUGCUAUCGCUGUAUCGCACAAGAAAAUUAGUAAUCAUAUUAAUUAUAAUGCAAAAAAACUUUUGUUCUUUUUUUUCAAUAAUAAUGAACGUAAAAAAGAAAUAAUUACUCUUGCCCUGGUGGUAUUUUUGCAUCAUAUUCUUGGAGAUAUAUCAGUCGUAAAAGAUUAG